AUUUCGCGCCGGGCGGCAACUACGUCGUUUCCUUCCAUUCGUGUAACAUAGUGUUAAAGCAGGGGCAGAGUAGUACAGUACGUACUCUUUUAUUUUUUAACUAACGACAGUGUUUUGCGUUAAGAACGGCCACACAAUGGCAGACAAGAUGGAUAUGUCCUUAGACGACAUUAUCAAGCAAACCAGGCAGCAGCGCGGUGGUGGCGGCCGCGGCGGGAGAGGAGGCCGUGGUGGCCGGGGAGGCACAGGAGGCGGCCGCGGCGGUGGUGCCGGGCGGCUUGGAAAUAUAGGCGGAGGCUUUGGAGGCCGCGGCGGAGGAUCGGGCCCCAUGAGGAACCGCCAGAACCUGAGUCGCGGCAGAAGCAGACCUACGCCGUACAGCAGGCCCAAGCAGCUCCCAGACAAGUGGCAGCAUGACCUGUUUGAUAAUGGCUACAGUGCGAACGCAGGAGGUGGUGGUGGCGGUGGAGCAGGCGUGGAGACCGGUGGCAAACUCCUCGUGUCUAAUCUCGACUUUGGCGUCUCCGAUGCAGACAUUCAGGAACUCUUCGCAGAAUUUGGCACUUUGAAGAAAGCGGCAGUACAUUACGAUCGGUCAGGACGCAGCCUUGGCACUGCGGAUGUUCACUUCGAGAGGAAAGCAGAUGCCCUGAAAGCUAUGAAGCAGUACAAUGGCGUUCCUCUUGAUGGACGUCCAAUGAACAUACAGCUCGUUACCUCACAGAUUGAUGCACAGAGGCGGACUCCGAUGCAGGGUUUGAAUCGUGGAGGUGGUGGCAUGAACAGAAACCGAAUUGGAACCUUUAGCGCACGCACAAGUCGUGGAGGACGUGGCGGUGGAGGAGCCAGAGGUCGGGGACGAGGGGGAAGAGGUGGCAACAGCAAACAGCAGCUCUCUGCUGAAGAGCUGGAUGCCCAGCUAGAUGCCUACAAUGCUAGGAUGGAUACCAGCUAAAUACAAACGUGUCAAGUCUCAUUCCCCUUUCUUCCGACGUGGGAGAGUGGACAUCAUUGUUAUUGCUAUGAACAUGCCGGAUGUUUUACACUUGUGUCUUCAGAAGUGAUUUAAAUUUGUGUACCAAUCUUUUUCUCCUUUUUAAAAUGCUCGUGUUUUUUACCUAUCGUUUUAUCUUUUGGUUCCUUUUUCUUUGAGAAAAACCUGGUUGGACUGUAGGAUUUAGGGGAUGGGCUUGUCUGAUCCAUUCUUGUAAAUCACUGUAAUAAAACCUGCAGUUAUUGGUAAACACACAA